AUGAAGCCAAGAGAAGCUGCAGAGUUGUCCCUCCAAGUUCCACAGGAGCCUGUGGGGCUUCAGAUCGUGAAGGUAGAGGAAGAUGAACAUAUUUGGCGACAAGAAUCCAGCUUUCAAAGGAAACAAACCCAUACCAGGGAGCUCUUUCGCCAGCGGUUCCGGCAGUUUUGCUAUCAAGAGACACCUGGGCCCCGCGAGGCGCUGAGCCGGCUCCGGGAGCUCUGCCGACAAUGGCUGCAACCUGAGAUGCACACCAAGGAGCAGAUCCUAGAGCUGCUGGUGCUGGAGCAGUUCCUGACCAUCCUGCCUGGAGAACUGCAGAGCUGGGUGCGGGAGCAGCAUCCAGAGAGCGGGGAGGAGGCAGUGACUGUGCUGGAGGAUUUAGAGAGAGAGCUGGAUGACCCAGGAGAGCAGGUUCCUGUUAGCUCACAGGAAAUGCCUUUGAAGGAGACAGAACCUAUGGAAACAGCACAGGAGUCACCAUGUUUAAAGUUGCCUUUGGCAAACCAGUUAAAAAGUGAAUCUUCACAGUCUACCUACCCCUUACAGGCAAAUGAAAUGGCAAAGAGAUUUAGAACCACCGAAGAAAUUCUAGAGUAUUUCUUUUCUCUGCCCAACAAUGAGGAGGACUCAGAGGAUGAGUGUGAUGAGGAUGCCUUGGAGGAGGAGAGCGACGAGGAUGCCUCGGAGGAGGAGAGCGACGAGGAUGCCUCGGAGGAGGAGAGUGACGAGGAUGCCUUGGAGGACCUUACCAGUCUUGAGCAAUCAGCAGCACAUUCUGAAGGUAGGAACAACAACACUGACAUGGGAGUUGAGAAUGAGGAAGAAGCCGACAUUGCAGAGGAGAGGGAUGAAGCAGAUGAUGAUGCCCAUGGUGAAAGGGAAGGAAAUGAAGGGGAAUGGUGCGAGGAUGUCUCCUACUUUGAAAAUCUAACUGGCUCGCUUCAGCAGCAUCCCCAAGUUUACCCAGACUUGACCCACACAGACACAGAAAUAGAUUAUUUUUUGUCUGUAUUUACGGAAGAGAUGUUGGAAACUAUAAAGGACCAAACGAAUCUUUAUGCAACCCAGGAGCGCAUCACACGGUCUAGAGGGCAGGAGAUUAGAAGGUCAACAGAAAAUUGGCAGCCGACAACUGUAGAGGAAAUAAAGGCAUUCAUUGCUGUGCACAUACUGAUGGGUAUACACAUCUUGCCAGAGCUCAGGCAUUAUUGGUCCAGUGACCCCCUCUUGGGUGUUGCUUCGGUUCCAGAUCUUAUGACUAAAGCCAGAUUUAAGAAACUGACUGAAAACAUACACUGCAAUGACAAUUCAAAAGCUGUGCCCAAAGGAGAACCUGGCUAUGACUGGCUUCACAAAUUGCGCCCGAUUAUCAAUGCUCUCAAUAGCCGCCUGAAGGAGGUAUAUAUGCCAUCAAGUGUCAUGGCAGUUGAUGAAACCAUGGUGCCAUUCAAGGACCGUUCAUCACUAAAACAAUACAUGCCCAUAAAGCCUGUUAAGCGUGGGUAUAAAGUUUGGUGCUUGGCUGAUUCACAAACUGGUUUUGUGAGUCAGUUUGAUAUCUGUUGUGGAAAAAAAGGUGUAGACAACAACUCAUCUCUCUCCUUUGGUGAGAGUGUUGUACUUGGACUAUGUCAUUCAUGGUAUCAUUCUCAUAGGCUUAUUUCCUUUGACAGUUAUUUUACAUCUUAUCACUUAAUGAAAAGCAUGAAAGAAAGGGGACUGUAUGCUGUUGGCACUGUACGAGCAACUAGAAAGGGGCUACCAGACAUGCUGAGGAGGAAAGAUAAUUUACAGCGUGGAGAAUUUAGGUUUCGUACGAAAGGAUGUGUGUCAGCCAUAAAGUGGCAGGACAAUAAACCUGUGACAGUUUUGUCAACGUUCCACAAUCCAAAGGAUAUCACUGUUGUCAAAAGAAAGAACAAAAACGGUUCUUCCUCACAGAUCCCUUGCCCAAGAGCAGUUGCAGAAUACAAUGCCAUUAUGGGAGGAGUGGACCACUUUGACCAGAGUUGUGAGAGGUAUGCAAUUGGAAGGCGCUCUCGCAAAUGGUGGCAUCGGUUGCUGCAUUUUCUUGUUGAUCUUGCCAUCGUAAACAGUUUUACAAUGUGGAACUGUAACCAUGGGGGCAGAUGUAACCAGCUGUCCUUCAGGCUCGCUCUCAUUAGGCAGCUUACUGUGGGCCGGAAAAGGAAGAGAAGAGGAAGACCCUCAUUUAUGGCAUGGGUCAAACGAGGAGUAACGGGGGUGCCAGAUGAGGUGCGGCUGCAACAGGUUGGAAAGCAUCUUCCUGUCAAAGGAUCUCGGAGGCGAUGCCGAGAAUGCAGCACUAGGAAGAAGGAGACGAGAACAAGAGUUAUGUGCAAGCAGUGCCAGGUGCCUUUGUGUAUUGACCCAUGUUUUGAAAAGUUUCAUGAAAAAAAAUAA